UUGUGCUAUCGGUAAUAACAAGUCACUUCCUUUUUUUGUGUACACAAAGCUCGACUCCCCCUAAACCACGGUUAUAAUCACUAACUCUGUUAAUUGGAGUAGAUUUUUUAACACAGUUAACCUAUCCUUGCUAAGCAGUGGAAUAAUUUCCUGUUCUAAAAAUACACUUCCGGAAAAUCCCAGCUUGAGUGGUCAAAGUACAGGUCUUUCCCCCAAUUUUUUCUUGUGAAAUCUGAAAUCUACAGACUUAUUCCUGGCAGUAUUAAUAGAAAAGUAAAGCUGUUCCCCUCAAUCAUUAUAAUGAAGGCAGAGGAUGAAAAUGGUGUUAAGAAGAAAACUACCAUGACUACCAGCGUUUCGGAGAAGUGUGAUGAAAAUGAAGAAGAACAGGAACCAGUCCAUACCAUUAUGGACAGUAAGGAGCAAGGACAUUCUAAGGGACCCACUCCUGAUGGCAUGGGAUCAAAGUCAAGGGAUCAAGCUGUACACACUAAAGCUGACAGCACGGAGCAAGGACAUUCUAAGGGAUCGACUCCUGAUGGGAAGGGAUCGCAGUCAAGGGAUCAAGCUGUACACACCAAAACUGACAGCUCGGGACAAGAACAUUCUAAGGGAUUCACUCCUGAUAGCAAGGGAUCACAGUCAAGGGAUCAAGCUGUACACACCAAAACUGACAGCACGGAGCAAGGACAUUCUAAGGAAUCUACUCAAGAUGAUAAGGGAUCACAGACAAGGGAUCAAGCUAAGGAAGAUACGAGUACACAGCAAGUCAAGGACACGAUCAAAGAAAGAAGCCUUACAAUGAACAAUGUGAAAUGCUUAGAGAAAGAAAGCAAAUCUUCAUUAAAAUGUGAUAAAAAAAUCGAGUCUACCCAAUCUGGGACGAAAGCUCCUAUUACACAAGGAAACAGAAAGAAACUGAUAAAUGGAGGUUCUCACGUUACUGCAGAAAAAAAUAGCAAAUCAGAAAGUGGUCGUAAUCAUUCAAACUCGCAAAAGGAAAAGACCUGUGAUCCAAAUACUCAGAAAAUGUGCAAACCUUGCUCAGAUUCUGACAUUGAUUCAAUCCAAAGUUUGAAAAGUAAAAUCGACUCUGCAAAGGCAAGUGGAAAAAGUAUUAAUGCUCUGCUGUACGAGAUAGACAAAGACAGUGAGCCCACAGACAACAAGGAGGAAAAUAAAGUCUCCAGCAUAGAAUACACACAGGUUUCAUUCAGUGUACAAGGUGAUGAACUCAGCCUCAAGCUAGAAGAGCUGACAGUUUCUGAUGGGAGGGUGAAUAACAAACAGGUCAGUGAAAAUGACCUUAAAACAGAGGUCAUUUCUGACCCUGGUGAAGAUACUAGCUAUCUAGCUACUAAAGGACCAAUGUCACACCCAAAACACACCCAAGUGUACGAGCCUUACCCUCGACCCAAUCAGACCUAUCAACAAAUACCCCAACUAGUGCCUAAUGAAGGGGACUUCUUUGAGGCCGAAUUUCAAGUUGACAAAUUUUAUGAUGAAGAUGAUUUGCUCAAGGCCCUCAAUGAAAUAGCUCCGGAGACAAAUUUAAACACAAGUCCAGAACAUUUUCCUGAACCUGUUGAGCUCCUUCCCUGUGAAGAAACCAUGCCAUUGCCAAAUCCUUGCCCCAUGGGAGUAAAUAAUCCACAUUACUUGAUUCCAGUCCAGGGUGUAACUUCACCUCAGAACUCAAGAUCUACAAUACAAACUUCCCACCAGUCUGUAGAAUUUGGUUUCAUGCCUUGUCCUGACCCUCAACAGAGGUCAACUAGUGCAGACACUAUCAAACAGACACCAUCCAUGUCAGUUUCAUAUGAGCCCCGUCCAAACUCCUAUCCCUCCAUGCAUAUUAAGGAAAGCCUAGAAGACCUGUUCAACGAUGCCAGUGACAUCAUUGUCAAUGAUCUACGCCAAUCUAACCAGCAAAAAUCUGCUCAGAAAACUAAUGCAAACUAUCCUGCACAAUUAUCAGGUGAGAACCCAAUGCAUCACGUAAAGUUAAAUCAACCUGCACAUCCAUUUUCUAAUCUACCAGUUUCAAGAUCUCAACCAUCACAAAACCAAGGAAUGGUUCAACAAGAUGCACUUAGAAAUCAAAAUCCCACUCGAGUAAUAGCAGCUAAACCCCAAAACGUCCUCCAAAGUCCUGCAAAAGCAUUUCAACCAAAAAGACAGAGUCCAUCUCAAAGAGCCAGUAAUGGUAAUCUGCCACAUAUUCUGCAAGAAAUUGCUGACAAGAAAAUGCCAGUCUCAAAGACAUCACCACCAGUACAAACCUCUGUGAUGGGAAAUAAUUAUUCUGGUGCACAAAUUCAAUUCCAACAAUCCAGUCAAAUGGAAACACAGUUUAUCAGCCAUCAUUCACCAGGAGUUCAUCCAACUCAACCACAAAUUCAUCCAUCUCAUCCACAAAUUCAUCCAGCUCAGCCACAACUUCAUCCAGCUCAGCCACAAGCUCAUCGUAAUCGGCAGCAAGCUCAUCCACAAAUUCAUCCAGCUCAACCACAAGUCUGUGAUUAUCAGAACCCUGUUCUUGUCCCAAGACAAACACUGAAAGCAUCCCCUGGUGGAGAGUGCAUGAAUGGCAUAAGGCCACGCACCACAAACUCAAAUCACAGAGGAGCAAACCCACAACACAUGAUUGAGCUUACCAAAUCUAACCCAAAUCCACGUCCCCAAAUGGUGAGACCAAACAAUAACCAAUCCUGUACAGUGGUUCAAGGAAAAGAUUACUCUACUUCCCAAAACAUGGGGAAUUCCUCUCUUCCACAUAGCUACAGUCCCUAUCCUUCAGCUUUUCCAACCAUGGCAAGUCAACAAAUGGCACCCUGUGUCACAUCCCAACCAAUGAGUAAUGGACAAGGAAUGACACAGCAACCUGUAUCAUUGGGAACCAACCCUUUCAUACAACAUUUCCCCAAUGGUCAAAACAUGCAGAGCCAUCCCUAUCCUUUCCAAGAUGGAUUACAUAUGCCUAUGUCUGAAAACUUAAACAAUUCUGCUCAGUGUAUUCAAGGUAUGCCACCUCAAAAUGGACAGUGUAUGCAACAGCCUGUUCAAGUAAUCAUCUACCAUUCUUCCCCAAUUGACAAUUCCAAGCCACGGUUCAGGAAAAUCCUUCCUAAGCCUCCGGCCUCUGCUGAAAGUGGGAAAUGAUGGAAUAAUUGUUUCUGGGUUCAAUAUAUAGAAAUGGAACAUUCCUGUAAUUGGAACUUACUUGAAUUGUUGUAAAAUGUUUUUCAGUUGUCAUGAAUUUUUUUUCAAAAUAUGCCAUGAUUAGUUAACAAAGCAAAACCAAAUAUAUGUAAUCUUGUUACACUUGUAAAUAUGUAAAUAAAAAUGUAUUUGAUUGUCAA